AUGAAGCUUAUGGGGCCGGCUGUCAUUUAUGCUUUAUCGCUGAGUGAAGUCGGACAUCACUCGGAUGAGUUCCAUCAGUCUGUCAAUGGUAUCAGAACAGCACCAUUCUCACAAUCAGAAGCCAUCAAUAUCAUUCAGCAUGUCUCGCCAGGGAUCAUCCUAUUUCGAUAUUGUGCGUCAGUGACUAACAUCCAACCAUACAUCAAUUCAAACUCAAAAGCAGCGACUGUUGGUGAAUCUCUGACUAACGUCAGCAUCAACAAGGCCACAGAUGAGAUUGACGCAGAGAGCGGCUGCGAGAACGACACUCCUGUCAUUGAGAAAAAGCUUAUAGUCCCUGCAAAGCGAAUACAAACACUUGAGGACCAACAUAUUACCCAGCAGAACAAGAUGAACAAGCUCGAGAGCCGACUUGACAGAACUACUGUUCUUUAUACCUCACUGUUCUUCAUCAACAUCGCCAUCUCUGGAGUCAUGCUUCCCAAGUUUAGAAACAAGUAG